AUGGAGAAGUUUGUGCUCGUAUUAGUUUGCCUGCUGGAUGUCCUGGUGUGUUUUGGUACCGGUCAGCACCAUUUGAGCGCGGGUGUCGGACCGUGGAGACACCGGAUGCAGUGGGAGAAUAACGGUCAGGUGUACAGUUUACUGAGCACGGGAACUCAAUAUCGCUCACCUGCGCAGAGCAGAAGGCGCACUCAGCUCUUAUUGACAACUAAAAACAGUUUUAACCGACACCCCCCUCCUGUUGCGCUUAGUAGGUCCACCAGAACCAGAUCAGGAGAGCUCCAGGACGCACCCCGGGUUCACUCUCAACACAACGAACAGAGUCAAACGGAUGCGUCGGUUCUUGGUGUUGAUGCGGGGCAGUAUUUACUCCCCUCGGGACGACCCGGGGCACGCAGUCAGUCUCCACCGCGCCUCGCAACCUCUGAUGAGGGUGUGGGAUACCGGUCACAACGUGCACCAGUUAACGGCAGCGCCGCAGCUUUCACCUCCGCCCAGGAGUUCUCCGGCAGUGGAGUCCCUCGAGGAGGCCGGAGUACACCUGGGGACGGCACACAACGGGCCACUGUGUCACCAGUAAGAUCCCCGGACUUUACGCACAGCCGAGGCGGCAGGAUAAACUUAGAAUCACCUGCCGGGUCACCUGGCACAGCUGGUUGGGUCACCAUGGCUGAGGAUAGCGGGGAUACACGUCGCAUUCAGCAGCAAACGCCUUUAGGAGACGCUCGCAGCGCGCAAAGAGCGCACUCACUGACCAGAAUCACACCGGAGCCAAAUGUUCCCCCCACCGCGCUCUCCAGUAACUCCGUAGAAAUACACUUCCCCCGCACGAGGUCGGAUACAGCAGGGGCUGCAGACACGGGUGACCCACGGGACCCACACAGUAUUCAUCACAGGAACUCGGUUUUCUAUAAUGUUUACCCUCCAGACCGCAGGAACAGGAUCUCAGCAGUGCGCCCUGCACCAGGACCGGGAUAUGGCACCAGGUUCUUCCACAACGGCCUCCCGGAUUUGGUGCCGGACCCUUACUACAUCCAAGCUGCCUCUUACAUCCAGAGAGUGCAGAUGUAUGCACUUCGCUGUGCUGCUGAAGAAAACUGUCUUUCCAGGUCUGCAUAUCACCCGAGUGUGAGGGACCUCGACUACAGAGUCCUGCUGCGGUUCCCACAGCGAGUGAAGAACCAGGGAACGGCAGACUUCCUCCCAGUGAAGCCCAGACAUGAGUGGGAAUGGCACAGCUGCCACCAGCAUUACCACAGUAUGGAGGCCUUUAGUAACUAUGACUUGCUGGAUGUCUCCACUGGACAGAAGGUUGCUGAGGGACACAAAGCCAGUUUUUGUCUCGAGGACACGUCUUGUGACCCAGGGGUACGACGACGCUUCGCCUGCACUGCUCACACACAGGGGCUCGGUCCUGGUUGCUAUGACACCUAUCACGCCAACAUCGACUGCCAGUGGAUCGACAUCACUGAUGUACCACCUGGAAACUACAUACUCAAGGUGACAGUGAACCCCUCACAGAUGGUUCAGGAGUCAGAUUUCUCCAACAACGAGGUUCGCUGUGACAUCAGGUACACAGGAAGCUACGUCCAGGCGAGAAACUGCAGGAUCACUGUGUAA